AUGAGUGUUUCUACAUUGCCUGUACAGGCGCUUGAAGAGUAUGACCGUUCGGUACCGAUGGUAUUACCUCACGAUAAAGUGUAUUCGAUCCAAGUUGGGUACAAAUUGUUUCGUCUAAGUGGACUAUCAUUAUCAUCAGAUUCACCAUCGUAUUUCACCAAAUUCUUUGGCGAUAAAGACAAUGAAGAGAAGGUAUUGUUUUUUGAUCGGAGUCCGCAAAUAUUUGAAAAGAUAUACAACCAUUUACAGGGUUACUCCAUAAAUGUCACCAAUGAUUAUGAAUACAUGCACGUUUGGAGCGAUGCAUUCUUUUUUGGGUUGAAAAAGUUGCAAAAAUUGAUGACAGAACAGGACAUUUUCGCUAGUAUUGGUGACCAGAGUUUCAAAAUACCUAAAGUAUUGUUGCAAAAUGAAGGGAAUUGUCCCAAUUUUUUCACAAUGAAUUCAGAGAGGUUAUAUUUUGACAAUGUUGCCGUGAUUGAAAGAAACAAUAUGUUACGGCCACCACCGCAAAGACCACCUAUUGUUGCUGGUCGCUCGCCAAAACUUUUUGCAGAUUUAUUGGAGUAUCUUCGAGGAAACACAUUGAUUGUAAAGAAUGAAGAGCAUCGGCGCUUGUUGCAAAAAGAAGCUCGCUAUUAUCGUUUUCUUGAAUUGGAGCAACGUAUGGUAAACCACAAGGUUGUUAAUGACUCCAUUAUCAUUAAUUUGAUGGAUUUGAGCAAAAAGGGAAUGAAGAAUGUUUCCCCCAGCGAUAGGUUAACUGAAUGUCCAAUGAGAUAUUCACGACCAUACGUUGAUGAACCCGCUCGAGAGUUGAUUUUCCAAAUUGAUCACCUUCAAGAUGUACGACAUGCAGAAUUGUUUUUAAACAAGAGGACAGAAAUACCCACUGUCAAAUUCCAGGGGAAACUCUACACUAAAAUCACGCAAGUUUUCAAAGACCUAUUUGAAGGUUUAAUUCAGGAGAAUAAUACAGUUACAUUUUUAGUAGGAUUGGCAAACCUGCGUACCACCAUAAAUGGGAAAGAGAUGUCUCCAGGAUGGGUUGAGGACUUGUUGCUGACUGUUGAUAAAAAGCCGGCAGAGGAAGAAUCGAAAGCAGAAGAGGAAGUGGAAGAGAAUGCUCAAAAGAAGCGCAAGCUCAACCUCCAAGGAUAUGUAAUCAAGUUUUACCUCAAGCGAUCAAUGUGGAAGUUAAUGAUGAGGGGCACUUUGGCACGUUUGGAAGCUGUCAAUCUCGAAGGAGUCACCAGUCCAGUACAACGUAUAGACUUUAUAUAG